UGCCAAAGACAUUGACCGUUAUGCCGCCGCCGUUCUGCGCUCGCCGCUGUUUCUGGAUCUGGAGCACGAUCUGUUGUGCAUGUUGUUGGCGCGUGACACCCUUGCGGCGCCGGAAAAGAUAUCUUCGCUGCGGUGGAACGCUGGGGACAAGAGCAGUGUAUGCGCCAGAAUCUGGAGCUCACGGGCGAGAAUAUGCGGGCAGUACUGCAAGAGGCAGUUUACCUGGUGCGCUAUCCGCUGCUCUCGUUGCAGGAUCUGGCGUUGGGCCCGGCAAAGGCCGGUUGGCUAUCCAGCGACGAGAUCAACCAGCUCGUGCAGCAUCAUUUCGGCCAUUCCAGUCUGCCGGAACGCUUUAUCACCACGCCUCGUGUUGGCAUCAGUAUCGCGGGACGGGUGCGACGGUUCGGUGGUGAAAAGGUGUCUCGUUGUACUUUUCCAACCAAACCGGAUUUUGUCGGAUUCAGUGUUCCACGCGACGCCCGUGUACAACUCGUGGCGGUCGGUUACUACGGUUCAGGAAUGGAUACACCUUACCACGGGGCGCUGACCUUUAAGCUCUUCAAACAAACGGAGCAAAUUGCUCCCCCACCGCCCACCAAUGUAUCGCAGCCCAUUCCACCGGGUCGCUUUUGGGGCCCCGGGCGCAGCAGACGUCAUCGGGAUCGUGGUCGGGAUGAUGAAGAACGUGGCGGACGAGAUGGGGAUGGUCGCGGCGACCAUUGGGAACGAGGCGGUGCUCGGUUAGACCAGCAGCCACCGUCACCGCCGACGCGGAAUGAAUCACCAAAAAUCAUCGUGAAGACGGUGUAUGAACAAACAUUUCGGCUGGAGGGAAUGGGCAGUCGGACGGAACCGGUGAUCAUCCGGCUGCAGUUAGCCGAACCGGUGUACAUCGAGCCGGAUGCCAAUUACGUCCUAUUCGCGAAAUUAUCGGCGCAAGGUUUAACCAAUUGCUGGUUUGGCGAAAAAAGCUUCCAUUGUGCCGACGCCGCUGGCACUGUCAAUCUGCGAUCGGUGACCUUUUGGACAGCUAAAAAUCCCGAGGGCAGCCAAGAGACGAACGGAACAAAUGUGUUUGGAGGACAGUUUCCGGAAUUAUAUUUCCAGAAUUGUGAGAUGGGCGGUGGGGAUGCCCGAGCGACCCUGAUGGCCAAUGCCGUUUGAACUUCAGCGAGGUGAACAAGAAAAUUGACUUUGAAUUAACUUAUCUCAGCAUGUACUUAAGCAAAAUUAAUAAAGCAUACAUAAUCUGGAUUAUUAUGGUUAAGGUUAUUGUUCUCAACAGUCUUGUUUGUAAAGUGUCCGUUGCGUGAAUUUUGUUGCGCUGUUUGGAGUGCCUGAAUUGUUGAUAUUUCUUUGUCUAAGUAAUAUCUGAUGUUCAAAACUACGUCUUGGUUUAAGUAUUUUAUUGUAAGAUUAACGCUGUCAUCGCUGUGUUUAAGGCCUGUUACUCGUAUUAUGGACUUAGCAGUUAGAGAAAAUUAAACCGAAUAUUGAAUGUAUCACAAAAUAUC